AUGACGCCAACAGGAACUUCACAGAAGCUCUCCUCCCAGGACAAAAGAUUCUCCCAACAAGAGAGAAGAGGAAAUGGCCCCCACAACUCCCAGCAAUCCCAAAAAAAAAAGAAUCCCCUAGGAAAAUGCCGGGAUUACAUGAAAAAAGUGACAGAACACAUGCAAAAGCUAGAAAAAGAGAUCCACACACAGAAAAGACCAAAUCUAUCAAAAAAAGAAAGAGCAGCAUUGGAUCUCCUGAAAAAAGAUGCAAACAUAGUGAUCAAGAAAGCUGACAAGGAUGGAGCGUUGGUGGUGCUAAAAACUGAGAGCUACAUCAAGAUGGGAAACCAACAUUUAAGAGACAAGGAAACAUAUGAAACAGUAGGAAACCCAGAAGAAGCUCUCCAAGCUGUUACCAGAGAGAGCAAAUUACUGGUCAACAGGUUCCAUACAUUGGAUAACAUAAAAGAAAAAGUCAGGAGCUUCACAGCAGGACAAAGGGACGCUCUACUGCAACACAAGGCCAGCAUCCCGCACUGGUAUGUCCUCCCCAAAACGCAUAAAGCCAUAGAUGAGGACACAGGCACCUGGCCUGGAAGACCAGUUUUGAGCGGCUGCAGUGCACCCACCAGACCAGUAGAUAGACUGCUUACCACCUUCCUGACCCCCCUUUUAGAACUACUGCCAGAAAGACUCCAGGACACAUCGGAUUUUCUGAGGAAAAUGAAAGAUAGCCCUCGUUUUCCGAAAGAUUCCAUAAUCUUCUCCUUUGACAUUGUCUCACUCUACCCAUCCAUCCCCCAAGAAGAGGCAGCAUGGGUAGUUGCAAACUUCUAUGAGAAGAAUUAUGGGUAUGUUCAAGGACGUCUGGCAGCAGAUUUUAACAUAACACCCCCACCUCCAUACCUGAUCAAAGAAGGGAUAGAUCAUGUACUAAGAGGAACUCUGCUAAGAUUUGAUAACAAAUUCUAUAGACAGUGUAAGGGCACAGCAAUUGGAGCCUCAGUUUCAGUGGCACUUGCAGAGAUUUUCGUGCAUGUCAGCAUAGAAAAGAAGAGGAAGAAACUAAGGAAACAGCCAGAGAUCUUCUACAGAUAUAUAGACGAUAUUUUUGGGAUCUUCACAGGAACAGAGGAAGAGUUGCAACAAUACCACAAAGAGCUGAAUGAACUCCACCCAGAUUUGAAAUUCACGUUGGAAUGGAGUAAAGAAAAGCUCCCCUUCUUGGAUACCAUGGUGUAUUGGGACACAGAAAUGCGCCCACAGACAUCCACCUUUUACAAGCCCUCCAACACACAUCAAUAUCUCCAUUUUCUGUCCAGCCACCACCCCAGUUUGAAGAAAUCCCUCCCCUUCUCACAGGGCAUCAGGAUCAAGAGGAUUAUCAGUGAAAGAAAAAACCUCGACAAAGCCCUGCAAGAAAUGGUAAAUUUCUUCAGUAAAAGGGGUUACAGCAGACAGAUAUUGAUGAAAGCACUGGAGAGGUUAGAAGGUAUCCCAAGAGAAACACUGUUGCACAACGACACGGCAAGGAACAUGGAAAGGUCCAUCAUACCCAUGGUAUACUCCCAGACCCUGGCCACCCCCAUCAGGCAAUCCAUAAAUGAAAUUUGGGAGUGGUUGAAAGAAGAUUCGAAAGGCAAACCUUGGGAGAACAGAUUCAAAGGGCCCCCCCUAUGA